AUGUUUGUCGCCAAGAUCCUGAUCCUUUGCACCGUGUGUGCCCUGGCCGCCAGUCACACUGUCCCAGCAUUUGGUGCUCCAUCACAACUCGAGGGCAAAGAUUUGGCCGAGGCCCAAAAGACUUUGCAGGCUUCCCUGGACAAAUUGGCUGCUGGCGAAGGACCCCACUAUCGUAUUUCCAAGAUUCUGUCUGCCUCAUAUCAAGUGGUAUCCGGAUCUAAGAACGACUACACCGUGGAGCUAAUCGAUAGUAAUGGCGCUACCAAGGUGUGCGAUGUGGAUAUCUGGGGACGAAGCUGGCUGCCCAAUGGCAUUCAAGUGACCUUUAGGUGUCCCAAUGAACCCGUUCUUGUUAAGACUCACAGCUCCUAA